CAAAUGAAUGGAGCCAACCACUCUGUGGUGUCUGAGUUUGUGUUGCUGGGUCUUUCUAAUUCCUGGGAAAUCCAACUUAUUCUUUUUUUAUUUUCUUGUAUUUUUUAUGUGUCUAGCAUGGUGGGAAACUUCCUUAUAGUGGUUACUGUGACCUUUGAUCCUCACUUACACUCUCCCAUGUAUUUUCUUUUGGCCAAUCUCUCUAUCAUUGACCUGAUAUUUUGCUCCAUUGCAGCACCCAAGAUGAUUUGGGAUCUUUUCAGAAAGCAAAAAGUAAUCUCUUUUGGGGGUUGUAUAGCUCAGAUUUUUUUCAGUCAUGCUGUUGGAGGCAGUGAGAUGGUAUUGCUUAUAGCCAUGGCUUUUGACAGAUAUGUGGCCAUAUGUAAGCCUCUCCACUAUUUGACCAUCAUGAAUCAACGGGUGUGCUCUUUGAUUUUAGUAGUUGCCUGGACAAUUGGUCUCAUUCACUCAUUGGCACAAUUGGUUUUUGUGAUAAACUUGCCUUUCUGUGGCCCUAAUGUAUUGGACAGCUUUUACUGUGACAUACCCAGGCUAAUCAAACUUGCUUGCACAGAAACCUAUAAAGUAGAGCUUAUAGUCACCGCUAAUAGUGGGUUUAUUUCCUUGGGUGCUUUCUUUCUGCUUAUUCUUUCUUAUGUCUUUAUUUUGGUGACUGUUCAGAAACAUUCCUCAAGAAGUUCAUCCAAGGCUCUUUCAACUCUGGCAGCUCAUAUUAUUGUGGUAGUUUUAUUUUUCGGUCCGCUGAUUUUUUUCUAUGUAUGCCCUUCUCCUUCAACACAUCUGGAUAAAUUUUUAGCUAUAUUUGAUGCAGUUUUAACUCCAUUUCUAAAUCCACUCAUCUAUACACUUAGGAACACAGAAAUGAAGAUGGCAAUAAGGAGAGUGUUCAGAAAAUUUAUAGGUUUGGGGAAAAAAGGGCUUUAUUGA